UCGACUGCAUUCUAUCGGGAUUGAUACGUCUUUUGUCGGUGUGAUUUGGUUGAGUAGAUGUAAUUCGGUGGGUUUGGUUUUGAGCGUUGCCGAAAUUUGAGAAGUAUUUUGAAUUUUCGAGGGCUGGUUGUUGUUUUAUGAUGAUCUCAUGGACGAUAUGCAAUCCACACUGUGGUUAAGAUGAUCGGGGUUUAAUGUAGAGAGAUCCGUAUUUUCGUGAUGAUAAGUUUUAGGCUAUCUGGCUGCAGCUAAGAGACUGCAAACAGAUCUAGGAUGAUACUGUUCAGGAAUUAUUGUCCGAAUAGGAACACGAGACCGGAAUGACGUUGAUUGCCUUCACGCUGGGAUGCGCCUCUCGUUCUCUUCCAGUACAUAAGCAUGGACAGUAGUGGCCCCUUGUUUGCCACCACUGUUUGUGGCAUUUAUUUUCUUUACAAUCAAUCGCUUAAGAUCGAAAUUUUGUACGAGAUGGACCUCCUCGUGGCUACAUCGUCAUUUUGCGGCCAGUUAUCCACAUCAGGCUGUAGUAGAGCUACGUUUAGUUAUAUGUGAGCAUGAUACCCCGGGCUUUGGUUAAUGGCUGGGGCUGGGCUUCAGUCUUUAAAGCUUAUUGAAUCAUCAAAAGACGAAAGUACUCCGGCGUGGGACUUUUCAGCUGCACGAGCACUUAUUUCAGGUAGGGAAUUGAAUGAUAGCACAGCGGCAACAACGUAUCGGACGCUGCAAAAGAAACUACAGGCAAAAUGCAGCAUGCGACAUUGAAUACAGAGGAGGACAUGUUAGUGAAAGCCAUAUUGGAGGAGACGCCCUGGGAGAAACUCCCUAAGCGUCUCAAGCUUACGUUGUUUUCAAACGAAGAGUAUCAGAAGCGGGUGAAGGAAUAUUGCAUCAAAAAACGUCUGAAGUGGAGUGAAUGUGCAGCACGUAAUGCUUGCCGAGAGAACGAUUACUAUGAAGAACUCGUUCGUUAUUUGCAAAAAAAUCUUGCGUUGUUUCCGUAUCAUCUAUCAGAGAAUGUCUGCCGAGUUCUGCGUAUUACUCCCUUCCGAUACUACCACGGAAUGCUGUAUGAUGUGAUGAGAAAUGAGCAACCAUAUGAUUCGAUUCCCAACUUUACAGCAGCAGAUGUUUUAAGGCUUACGGGAAUAGGUCGGAACGAGUUUAUUGACAUAAUGAAUAAAUGUCGCGCGAAGAAACUAAUGUGGAAGCUCAACAAAUCCAUAGUAAAGGAAAUGUUGCCUACACAGCCGGUUGACUUCCGUAUGGAAGCGUGGUGGAUUGUUUGUUUUGUUAAUUUGACCACAGAUGAGUAUCGGAAAUUGUCUGAGGAGGAGAUGGCAGUUAUAAGUGGAGGUGACGGCGACAGUAGCGAUCGCUUAGGUAAGGAGGGAGUAAAUCUUGUCGGUGAGGUUGAUUUCGAAGUGUUGCGUUCUCUUUAUCGACGAGGCUUGAUCUACUUGGACGUUCCUGUGUACCCCGAUGACCACUUUCAAGUUUCAACUCUGGAGGGUUUUGUUUCAAACCGAAAUCAGCAGUACGAGGAUCCGACAGAAGAGUUACUUUACGCCGUAUUUGUGGCCUCCAGCGAGCAAACAACUGUUGCAGAACUUGCGCAAACUCUUCAAGCCAACCUUGAGCAACUCCAGUCAGCUGUUUCGCUAGCUUCUCGACUCGGAUGGGCUAAGAAGUUUCUCGACCCAGUUUCCUUUUUACAGGAUACAGGGAUGCCGGAAUCUCCUCGGAGUGUUGGAGAUGAUCGGCAACUAAGUCCAUUCACCAGCCCAUCCCGGUUAGGAGCUUCGGGGCCAUCAGAUAUAGAUUCAGUGAAAAGCCAAGCUGGCUUGACGCGUUUUGCCUUCAUGGUCGAUGCUAACCUUACAUCAUAUUUAAUGAUGGGUUCUCUCUCUCCAGGCCUAAAAGGCCAUGCAGUAACACUAUACGAAGCUGGGAAGCUUGGGGAUACCAGUGUUGCUGAAAUGUGUGAGGAUCUUCAGCAAGUUGAGGGCACAAAAAUGGAAGGAGAGUUGCAACAGUUUGCUGACCAUGCCUUUAGUCUUCGUCACGCUUUAGAAUGUUUGAGGUCUCAAAGCGCUGAUUUGGAAGUUGAGGAAGAAGACGCAGUGGAUUUUAGCGGGUUUCAGCUAGAGCCUCACAGUUCUGUAGAUAGUGAUGAUCUGUUUCAGUCGGGACAAUCAUUUGAGCCAAAUACUGGUGUUUUUGAAGAGGGCUACAGCUAUGCCUCUGAAAGCGGUGCAGAAACUGCAGAAACAACUGUUGUCAUGUCUCAUAUGGUGGACACGAAUGCGGCUGCGCAGCUUCACACCGCCCUCAGUCUGACAGGACGAAUUUCCUCGAAGGAGAAUGUGCAGUCAUACAAGCCUGUUUCGCGUGUUGACGUACUCCGGAUAGAAAGCUUGCAAGACCUGGCUCCAGCCACCAUGCAACGAGUUCUACAGAGAGACUAUGAUGUGGUUGUGUCAAUGAUACCACUGCCCUCUCCUUUUGUUUCCUCUCCUGACGGUCUUGGCCCUGCACAUUUUGGCCCUCCAUCACGUGCAUCCAUUUCUCCUUGGAUGAAACUUCUGUUAUAUCAGACAGCAGGAUCAGGGCCCGUAUCUGUUGCAUUGAUCAAAGGUCAGCGGUUUAGAACUCUACCUUCUCCACUAGCUGGUUGUGCAAAAGCUCUUAUGUGGACAUGGGAUGGAACUGGUGUAAACGGAGUUGGAGGCAAAUUCGAAGGUACGCUAGUAGAAGGGAAUAUUCUAUUGCAUUGUCUGAACACUUUAUUGAAGCACAAUGCUGUACUCGUCCAACCCUUUCCGAAAACACACCUGGAUUCCGGAGGCAGUGGAAAGCCUGUGACGAGGAAUGUUCCUCUACCGAUCUCUGAAUCUUCCGACAUUCGCCCAUCUCUUAUUCAAGCUGCCAGCGAACUUGCUCUUGAGACUCUUGGUUACAUUCGAUUAGUACAGAUUCCACAGAUAGGAGAAAGCCCACCUCCUCAUGAAAAUAAGAAUAGCAGCUUUGAGUGGGUUCCUCAAAGUGUUGAGUUUGGAGUUCCACUUUUCGAUACAGAACUAUGCAGAAGAGUCUGCGAAGGUGUGAUUGGGUCGGAUCUUUUUACGUCUAAAUCCCUCCUCAAACACCGGCAGGGAAUGCAUGACCUUCGGCGAAAGCUACAGGAGUUCAUCAUGGAUUACAGAGCUUCCGGUUCCAAAGCAACUUCAGCAUACGUUGUAGUUGGUGGAGUAAAUGCGGAUACUAGACCUCUUUUGCACAAAGGUAGUAGUGGUUUGUUGAACCUCAAUCUCGUUGAGGAGGGAACAAACAAUGUUCCUUUGCCUGGCGUCAAUCUCAUCUUUGAUGGUACUUCCCUUGAGCCUCUCAAUGUUGACCGUUGUCUCCAGGGCAGACUCCCAGCUCGUCUGGUGGUGGCAGCAAUUGCCGCUACUGAAACCUUGAGGGCUACAUGUUGAGUCUCGUCCAUCGCAUAAUUCUCCCGAUUUGAGAUACCUGUAUAUAUCCUGGAUAGUCUUAUGGUGUUUUGCACUAGUUUUUCUGUUAUUUACGAGAAUCACUUUUCAGAGCUUUCGUCAAAUUAUCCCUUGUUUAACCUGGCAUAACCUCUUGCUAAAACAUCUUCAUGAUCACAAUUCGACAUGUGGAUGGCAUUUGUGCCUGAUAACCAUCGACUCCAAGCUGCUCUUGGCAGGAUGGAUGUCUUUCUUUUACGAGUUGUUAGUAGAUCUCGCGUAUCAGAAAUUUCAUGCCAUCUUUGUACUUUCCUGAGCUGAGGGACCGAAUAUUGACAAUGAUAAUGAUUGUUAUGAAAUCCUGAUUCGGAUUUAGUAAAGCUGAUCAUGUUGACCCCA